CUCAUUGGUCAUUCAAACACUCACUAGUGCGCCCAUAACAAAGUAGCCUCGUUUUUUUUAACCAACACAUUCCCGAGAAUCAAACAGAAAAUAAUUCAUCUGGGGAAUUUGACAUUUUCCAUUAUUUUGUUUUUCCCUAAAGAUUCUGCGUUGGAAUUCGUUUUGUUUUCUCCACGCCCACCUGCUCUGGGUUCCCGAUUCCCUCGGGAAAUUCUUGGAUUUUCUCGCGCGUGCCAGCUUUGGCCGGAAUAUCAGAUGGUCCUGUUUGGUCUCUGAGAAAAAGAUUUAAUUGGUCCAAAACAGAAAAACCUGACAACCAAAUGGUCACUCUUAACUACUCCUUCACUGCUUGGAUCAGUCACUUCCUCGCUUGUAUGGGUGGUUGUUUUGGAUGCUGUACUAAAUCCACACCGGUUAUUGCUGUGGAUGAGCCAUCAAAAGGAUUGAAAAUUCAAGGGAGAUCAGUGAAGAAACCUACCAUAUCAGAGGAUUUUUGGAGUAGCAGCACAUGUGAGUUGGAUCACAGUACCGCCAUAUCCCAGAGAAGCAUUUCAUCUAUAAGUACAUCAAACCAAACCAGCAAUAAUGGUGGUGGCACGAGUAGCAGCCAUCCUGAAUUUGUCAAUCACGGUCUUAUCCUCUGGAAUCAGACCAGGCUUCAGUGGGUUGGAGGUAGCCAAUCUAAGAAUGAUACAAAACAAAGUCGACAACGCGGAUUAAGUUGGAACCCGACUUACGAAAGUUUACUUGGAACCAAGCAAUCAUUCCCCCAUCCACUUCCUCUUGCUGAAAUGGUAGAAUUUCUGGUGGAGAUAUGGGAACACGAGGGGCUGUAUGAUUAAAGAAAUGAAUGACAUUAGAGUGUGCAGUUUGUGGGCCUGCUUUGUCUUCGUAAAUUUUAAAACGUUACAAGGCUUCUUUGUGUAUAGCAAACCAAGGGCAAAGAAGGAAGAAACUGAAAGAGAGUGAACUAAUACAUUUCUCCUAUUGGAAUUGUAAUAUUCUCCGCUAAUAUCUUUCGUUUAACAACCUCUGCUUCUUUUUUAACCUGUAAAUGUCCCUUCACUACGCCUAAACUGGUUCUGUUCAUAUCAUUUUAUGACUUUGUAACGAUACUGAGCUUGUUGGUAGUCCUUUUAUUUCCCUUCUUGCA